AUGGCGCCUUUAAGGUCACCAGAAGACCCUGUUGGUCAUCAAAGAUCUAAGAUCGAGGCCUGGUGUAGCUCAAAGGAUACCUUUGUGGUCUUAUAUCUAAGUUUGAUGUACCCCUAUAGUUUUCCUACCCGUGGAGAUUCUAGAUCUAACCAAGUAGUGGACGAGGCAAUCCAAUCACAUAAGGCAAGAGUGGUUUAUGAUUUGGGUUCAGUAUACCACCUAUGGUUUUCCUACGAUGGGGAUCUUAGAUCUGGCCAAAGAGAGGAUGCGGUUGAUUCAAAGGCAAUUGCAACACUGCAACCGUGUCUCCAUAUUCAGGCCAGGAGACAAUUACCAACAUUUUUUCCUAGAGGCAUCCAUUCCUCUUCUUCACAAGGAAUGUGUGUGCAGGAUAACAAUGUGAAGCGAACUACCGAAAACCCUGUGCCUAUUGCUGCCCCCGCUUCUGUCUUUGGUGACAAGAAUUUAGGUGCCCCAGGAAAUGUUGAGGAGGACUAUGAAGAAGCUACACUGUUGAGUGAGGAUGCCAUGAAGAUAUAUGAACAAUUGAUUGGGGUCCAUGUGGCAUAUUUUCAUGCUUGCAAUGUCCCUUACAUGACCACUUCUAGGAGCCUCCCCCAGCAGGUUGUCCAGGAGCAGAACACCCACCGUGCUCAUGAUGCUCAGGUGUCAAGUUAUGGGGACAAUCUAGUGGAGGCAGAUACCAGUACUACGGUUGUUCAACAACAAAGAGUUCCUUCUGCUGGCUCCUCUCAUGUCCAGCAUUAUGGAGCUAGUGGAUUGAACAAUACGAUCCCUUCUAUUCACCAGGAGCAAAUGGUGGCUCCGGUGACGAACCCUUCCUUGAGGCUCAUGCACAUCAAGGGCCAAGUAGCAGAUUCCUGUGCUGAUGCCAAUGGGAGCCGCUUUGUACAGCAGGCGAUCGAGGUGGCAACGCCUCAAGAGAUCGUUAUGGUUUAUGAGGAAAUCAUGCCUUGUGUCCGUAUGCUUGCCAUUGAUGUGUUUGGAAAUCAUGCCGUCCAGAAGAUUCUAGAGCAUGGACCACAGUCCUGCAAACGUGAGCUCAUCAGUCGUCUGAUGGGCCAUGUGCUUUCCCUAAGCCGUGAUAUGUACGGUUGCCGAGUCAUCCAGAAGGCUUUGGAUGUAGGGGGGCACGAUCAGAAGAUUGUGAUAGCCAAAGAGCUCAAAAUCAAAUUGCUGAAAUGUGUUCGCGACCAGUUCGCGAGCCAUGUGAUUCAGAAAUGUGUAGAGUGCCUGCCACCGAAGCAUAUCCAAUUCAUUUUCCGAAGCUUCUGUGGAAGGGCCAAGGCACUAUCCAUCCAUCCCUACGGAAGCCGUGUGAUUCAGAAAGUGCUGGCCCAUUGUGACAACCCCGAGGUUUACCACACGCUGACAGCGGAGAUUAUCGAGUUUGCUAACAAGCUGUCAGCAGACCCAUUCGGAAACUACGUGGUGCAGCACUUGCUCGAGCAUGGAGGCCAGGCCACUCAGUCCAUGAUAGUGAGGAAAUUUGACAGGCGCGUGAUGAGCAUGUGUUAUCACAAGUUUGCGUCCAAUGUGUUGGAGAAGUGCCUGGUGGUGGGGAGCCAGGAGGACCGGCAGCUCAUCAUAAAUGAGAUCCUCGGCGACACCGGCAGCCAGCACUUCGAACAUCUCGUGGACAUGAUGAUCAAUCCAUACGCGAACUUUGUCAUCCAGAAGAUGGUGGUGACGGCGGAGGAGCAGCAGGUGGGCCUGCUGCUGGACGUGGCCAGGAACAAUGCAGACAACCUGAAGAGGUACCCACAUGGCAGGCACGUCAUCGCUGCUAUGCAGAGGCUACUCAAUGCCAAGGGUAUGGUGAGGGGAGGCCUGUACUUCUGGUGA